AUGAAGAGUCUUUAUCUCAUAAUUGUUUUAAUUGCCUUCACCAAUUGCCAAUUUUUCAAUGAAGAGUUCGUGGUGUCGAGUAGCCAAUACUGAGACUAUACUAGCUCUCCAUAUGAGGAGUAUGGGGUAUCAUGUAUGUCCCAUGACUCUGAAUGUGAUACUGAAGAAGGCUACAUAACUUCUUAUCAAGAAUCUUGCGAUGACGGAUACUUUUACCAAGAAGAUUGCAAUUAUGAUGAUUACUAUUUGUUCGCAGAUUCUCCCUGGUCUUGUCAAACUACUGAAUCUUAUGCAGAUCUUACCAACACUUGUGAACAGAUAUAUUCCACUGCAGAUGAUGGAUAUCAGCAGACUACUGAAGAAACUUGCCAUGACAGCGAUGGAGGCUAUGAUCAUUCGAUUGAGACUUACUACAAUACUUUAGCUUUCUGGGAUUAUGACUAUUACAGCAGUUACGAAUACUUCUAUGUCAACGAAGAUAGAAAUAUCAGUGGAAGCUGCCUAACCGAUACAACUCAGGAUAUCCAAGACUUGUGAACUGAGACCUAUCAAUAUCAUAUUGAUUCACCUGGAGACCUUAUGUGGUUAGAGCUAGAUGAAUGCUCUAUUCCUCCAGUGUAUGAUGGAUGCUUCUGAAACUGCACUAUUGAUUCAGUCACCGGAAGAUAUGAAGAUGCUGUUUGAAGAAAUGUAGGAACCUGAAAUGAUGAAACUUAUACCGAGCUUAAAGACAACUUUGAAGACGUCGAACUCACUGCUAGUGCAUGAGGUUGCAAUGGCUCUGAUUCUAACAGAGUACUUACUCAAGAUGAAGAAGGCUUCAUCCAGUUAUUCGGUCAGCAAAUCCACUGUCCAACUAUUUGCUGGGAGCAAGAAAAUAUUUUCGAUCUUCUCCUAGACACUGAAAUAAUUCCAACUCCAGCAUUGACAAAUAUGACGACAGGGGUUGUCAGUCCCUAGACAUAAUUAGCUUUUACAAGACAGUUUCUUCUUCAA